AUGGCACAAGUAGAAAAUAAUAAAACUAUCCUCAAAUUUGUUCCACCGCGGUCAAUAGUUCACUACGAUUUCUGGCACAAAUAUGCCGAAAUCAAAAUCGAUAUUGAUCGUUUGGACGAAUCUGGAAGGUCGAUUUUCGCGACCUUAUCAAUGCAGACGGGAAAAGCAGUUUUAGUGGAGAUUGCCUGCAAUUCGUUCAAUGAACAAUACGCUGACGUUUCCAAUGGCAAUUUUUGCUGUAAAGGAACGCUGCUAAACAGCAAUACAAUGGAGUCAUUCAAAGAGAGCGAUAAGAAUGUACUCCUGAAAACGCAAGCUGUACAGUUUUAUCGCGACCUCAUGAAGGCAGAAACUUUGCAAAGCAGUACAGAUUUGUUUACCUUUUUUGUGAUAUCGUUCGCCGAUCUAAAAACAUAUAAAUUCUACUAUUGGUUUGCCUUUCCCGCUCCUACAGACCUUCUGUUUACAUAUGAGCAAGCGAAACCGCUCCCAAUAGCGAUUUCAGAGCAUUUUCGUUCCUGUAUUGAGCAGCAGGCAACUUUAAAUGAUUUAUUUUUCAUCUACCACAGUAUGACUGGUAUAAAAACAAUUUCCGAACAAAUUCAGCACCAAAAUAGAGAGGCAAAUUUUAGUGAAACGAAUUUGCAGGAUGUUUAUUUUUGUGUUUUCGAUAUGACGGAAAAUAGUGACUCGGAAUUAGCUGGCUGGCAUGUGAGGCAAAUUUUAGCGUAUCUCAUGAUGGCAUGCCCCCGACUAGCUGGAAAAAGCACUCAAUGGAUACGAGUACACCGUGAUGCCACCAACAAACUUCAGUUUUCAUCUAUGAAUAUUAUUUUACCCGAGGAAAGGGUAGAUCCAGAAAACCUUUGCAAUUGGGUGGGAUGGCAAGCUAACGAAAAUGGAAGGUACAUCCCUCGUGUUGCAUUAUUGGCCGAUACUAUGUCUCCCAAACGUCUUGCAGAGAAUGCCAUCAAUCUCAACUUAAAGCUAAUGAAAUGGCGGCUUGUUCCUUCGCUGGAUCUCGAAGCAAUAGUCCGCACAAAAUGUCUACUCUUCGGUGCCGGAACUCUUGGAUGCAACGUUGCUAGAUCACUGAUGGCAUGGGGUAUAACUACAAUCACAUUCGUAGAUUGCGGCAAGGUCUCACUGUCAAACCCUGUUCGACAAAGUUUAUACCGCUACGAAGAUGCAGUGAACGGUGGUAAACCAAAGGCUUCAACAGCUGCAGAUCGAUUACGCGAAAUCAAUCCUUCAAUUAACGCGAUUGGGUUUGAUAUGAAGGUGCCUAUGCCUGGUCAUCCAAUCGGAACUGGUGAUGAUGCAAACGAAAGCAAAGCUGCACUAGUGAAGCUUAUCAAACUUAUCCAAGAGCACGACGUUUUAUAUUUGUUAACAGAUUCACGAGAAAGCAGAUGGCUUCCAUCUAUGCUAGCAGCGUUUUAUGGGAAGCUUGUCGUAAAUGCAGCGCUUGGCUUCGACUCAUACCUAGUAAUGCGUCAUGGAUAUCGCGAUUCCACCAAUUUGGACGACAGAGUCGAAAAGGAUGCUUACGAAGAGCAUUGUCCGGCAGGAUUUAAGAUGAUUAAAGGAUUUGACCUAGGCUGUUACUUUUGCAACGACAUCGUUGCACCAGGAAAUUCAAUGAAAGAUCGCACCCUGGACCAACAGUGUACUGUAACGCGACCAGCUGUUUCGAACAUGGCGGCUGGAUUGGCAGUGGAAUUAAUGGUGUCAUUGAUCCAUCAUCCUAAAAGAUUCAGUGCACCAGCAUUUUACCGGAUGCCUAAAAAUGAUACUCUCGGAAUAGCGGAAGAACCAGAAGGCAUUCUCGGUACACUGCCGCAUUCGAUACGCGGUAACAUAAAUACUUUUCAGUCAAUGAUAACCGCUACAGAACGAUACCGUCAUUGCGUUGCAUGUUCGGAUCCUGUUCUUUCGCGCUAUUCUUCUGAGAAAGAUGAUUUUAUUAUAGACGUUUUAAAUAUAGCAAAACAUCUUGAAGAAACUGUGGGAUUGAAUCAACUAAUGUCUUCCGUUGACGAUGAUUUGGAGUUAAAGAUGACAAUAGACUUUGAAGACGAUUCGUCUGAUGAAUCAUGAGAGCGUAGAGGCGCUUAAACAAAGAUGAUAUUUAUUGUUCUUAAUGAUUGCUCUCAAGUAAACUAGUUUUGGCAAUAUUUUUUUUAAAUUGUGUCUGUAUGUUAUACGUUUAUUAAAUAUGUAUUCUAUAAAUAUACCAAGAUACUUUUCAUAGCUACAAAACUAUCUAAUACAUGUUGUGUGAUUGAAGAA